CCAUGAAGCAGCAGUCCGGAACUGGUGACUUUGACUUUUUGUUUCCGCGGAUUUCAUUUUGUGUAGAACAAGUAUCCCGUUCUAAUCAAAGCUCAACUAAAAUCGUAUUAUUAGCAGCGGCAGUCAUAUUUUACUUAAUAUUAAAUGACGCAUUGUGCGCUAAAACUGUGAAAAUGAAAGUUUUGCGAGUGUCAUAACAUAUUUGAUGUAAAGGACUAGUGGACAAAUUCCUCAAAAAUCGCCACCUAUUGCAAAAAAAAUGUUGCUGCAUUUUCAGUGCCUUUGCGUGAAAUUGCGCAUUUUACGUUUAAGUCGAAGUACUUUCUUAACAAGAACAGUUUCUUACGUGUUGCCGCACUCGAGGGACAUUUCGGACUUUCUCAGGGUUGUAAACUCCGCUAACGAAAAUAAAAUCAGGAAGGCACCUCCUUGGAGAGUCAUGUUUUUCGGCACAGAUGAAUUUGCAGUGGAGUCUCUGAAGAUUCUCACUGAGUCAAGAAAUCCCUCUGCUGGAAAAGUAGUGGACACCAUUGACAUUGUUACACUGCCAGUGAUCUCUUCGAAAGAGGUACCAGUGAGAAGAUUUGCCAGGCAACAUCAUCUUCUAAUCCAUGACUGGCCUCUUCAGUGGCCCUGUAAACAUUUUGAUGUUGGUGUAGUUGUAUCAUUUGGAUGCCUUCUUAAAGAAGAACUUAUUUGCAGAUUUCCUUAUGGUAUUUUGAAUGUCCAUCCCAGUCUUCUUCCAAGGUGGAGAGGACCUGCCCCAGUUUUUCAUUCAGUUCUUCACGAUGAUGCAGUGACUGGUGUGACCAUUAUGCAGAUCAGACCAAAAAGGUUUGAUGUGGGACCAGUUUUGAUGCAGAAAGAGUUUGUAGUCCCUGCAAGGUAUACAUCUGAGGAACUUGGAGCAGACCUUUCAAAACUGGGAGCUGAAAUGCUUAUUUCAACACUGAAGACGCUUCCUGAAAUGAUACAGAAUCAAAAAGAACAAGCAAACUAUGGUGCAACUUUAGCUCCUAAAAUUAAUACUGCUAUGAGCUGGAUAAAUUGGGAAGAGCAGACCUGCUAUCAAAUAGACUGCCUGUAUAGAGCCAUAGGAUACAAAAUAUUACUGCGAACAUUGUGGCAAGGAGAGGUCAUCAAGCUUAUGGAUUUGGUAAAAGAAGAAGACAUUCCAAAGUUGUCAGAUUUAGAAUUGAAAAGAACUCAAAUCCCUGGAAGUUUUUUAUUUCACAAAAUUUCUAAUAUAUUGCUAGUAAGGUGCAAGGAUGGUCUUGUAGGAUUCACAGCUGUGAAGCUGAAAAAAAGGCUUUCUGCAGCAGACUUUUACAAUGGGUAUCUUCAUCAGUCUUCUGUGACUAGGAGCGGUAUUCCUCAAGAAAAGUGGCUGUUUAAGACUUUCAAAAAACAGCAUAAAAAGGACAAGGAUGCUAAUUUCUUUAUUCAUUCAUACAAUCAUGGCAGAGUUAAAAAUAAAUAAUUGUAAAAUAAA